AUGCCCAACUCGUGCCAGGAACUCCGCGAUGCCCUCGCGCAGUGCCUCCAGGAAUCCGACUGCGUCAUGAUCUACCGCAACAAGGCCUCCGACUGCCUCCGCGAGCCCCUGUCGUCGACCCUCCCGACCAAGUGCCAGCAGCUCAAGAAGGGCUACGGCGAGUGCAAGCGCGGCCUGGUCGACAUGCGGAAGCGCUUCCGAGGGAACAUGCCCGUGACGUAUCGGUCGGUGGAGGCUUCGGAGCAGGGCAAGGGAUACCAGCUGUACGCGGGCAAGUCUGCGUUUGGAGGCGGCGUCAAGGAGACGGACGGCAAUGAGCCGAUUCCGCAGGAUUGGAGGGAGGCCGAGAAUGAAAAGUACCGGCUGGAGCAGCAGAGGCUGGCGCAGAGCGGGAAAUAA